GAUGAGUUUAGCUCUCCAGGCAACGAGAGCGCCUCGGCCCACCGCCCGGCGGAAGAGCGUCCGUGGCGUGGAGGGGAAAGAGCCCCUUCCGAGCCCGCCGGGCCUGGGGCGCGGCCUCCUCGUUAACUCGGUGUCACCUAUUGGACCGCAACUUGUGCGAGGUCCAGGGGCCCCCUGAGGCUGAGCGCCUCCGCGGAGACCAGUGCAGCGACUGUCGGGUCGCCAAGCCCUGCGCGCAGACGCGCGCGCCUGGGGAUGCGUCAGAGCGCGCUGCUCUCUCCGCUCCGCAGGGUCCCCGCCUCGCGUCCCACGCCACGGGGGGAGCGGCCGGCUGGGAAGGGUUAAGCCCACCGAGCUCGCGGCUGCCUAGAGCGGCGGCGGUGGUGGUGGCGGCGGCGGCGGCGGCGGGGGCCGUGGCGCGCCCCCGUGGGCGGCGGGCGGGGGACAGGAUGCGGAUGCUGGGGGUACUUCCUGUGCCGGCCCCCGCUGCCCCCACCCCGGCCGGGCCGCUGCCCGCACGGACGCAGGCCAGCUGGACGCACACUCGGGCGGGCGGGCGAGUGAACCCGGACCCCCGCGCGGCCACGUCGCCCGCCCCCCCGCCCGAGGCCCACGGGAUCUGGACACCUGUGGCCGCUGGCGGAGUCCAGCCGGACCCGGACUGCCCUGAGCUGAGCCUCCUGAGCCCAGACAGGAGUCUCCUGGCCCCUGCCAAGCUCAACCUGGGUCAGGCCACCUGGUCCGCUCUGGAGCCCGUGGCGCGCACCAGGGUCGCCGCCCCCCAGCGCUGAACCCAGCGCUGGAUGGGGCUCCCUCUCCACGCCCGGGAGCCGACACCAACUUCUGCUCUUCAACUCAGCUCUGUCCCUUCUUCUGGCCCAGGGCGACCUCAACAGCCCUGACAGCUGCCCGGCCCUCCGGAGUGCCCGGAAAGGUGCCCUGGGUGGGGUCCAGCUCGGCCCCAGCUCUUUCUGGAUGGAGGUGCCACAGGAAGGAGCUGGCUGAGGGCUCUGGCCUUCACCUUCCAGCCCCUGCCGCUCACACCUGCCCUGGUGCAGAGGCUGCGGUGAGAAGCAGGAAAUGGUGUACCAGCCGGCUCCCCGGAACCUUGGCUUGACCGCCGGCAUGGCGCUGGGGCCGGCGACUAAGACCUUUGUGCUGGAGCUGCGGUGUGUUGCAGAUGGGGGCCCAGGGCCCCCCACCCUCUCAGGUGGCAGCGGUGGGAGUGAGAGUCAGGAGGAAGACGAGGCUCGGGAGAGGAGAAGCAACCCCACACGGCCAGCAGUCUUUGCCCGGAAGGGGGCCAGUGAGGUCGCCGAGGAAGCCCAGCCAAGACGGCCACAAAGCCGGCCAUCAGGCCAUUGGCCAGAACCGCAGCAGCAACGAGACGGACAAGAACAGCUGCCGCAGCGACAGCGGGGACGACGGGAAAAACGCCGACCCCGGAGACGUCAGCAACUGCCGCGGAGGCAAGGAUUGCGAGAGGAGCAAGUUCAAGAGCGACGGCUGUCGCAGCAACAGCAGGAGCAGCUGCAGUGGCGGCAGCAGGAUGGGCAGCAGCCGCUGCCUCAGCGACAGCAGGAACCACAGGAAGGACCCCGAUCUGUGCACCGUGAGCCACAGAAGCUGACGCAACAGCAGGGAGAGUUACAAGCACAGCAAGUGCACGAGCAACAGCAGGAACUGCUAGAACGGCAGGCACAGUUGCAGCAGCAGCCGCAGCAGCAGCAGGAGCAGGAGCAGGAGCAAGAACAGUUGCAGCAGCAGCUGUUGCAGCAGCAGCAGUUUCUACAGCAACACCAGUUCCAGCAGCAGCUGUUGCAGCAGCAGCAGCAGGAACAGCUGCAGCAGCAGUUUUUACAGCAACAACAGUUCCAGCAGCAGCUGUUGCAGCAGCAGCAGCAGGAACAGCUGCAGCAGCAGCAGCUGCAGCCUCGUCCACUGGAGCCGGGGGAGGAGGAAGAGGUGGAGCUGGAGCUCAUGCCAGUGGACCUGGGGUCGGAGCAGGAACUGGAGCGGCAGCGGCAGGAGCUGGAGCGGCAGCAGGAGCUGGAGCGGCAGCAGGAGCUGGAGCGACAACAGGAACAGCUGCAGCUGCAGAUCAAACUGCAGGAGCAGCUGCAGCAGCUGGAGAAGCAGCUGGAGCAGCAGCAGCAGCAGCUGGAGCAGCAGGAGGUGCGGCUGGAGCUGACCCCGGUGGAGCUAGGGGCCCAGCAGCAGGAGGUGCAGCUGGAGCUGACACCCGUGCAACCAGAGCUGCAGCUGGAGCUCGUGCCUGCCGUGGGGGCAGGUGGGGCUUCAGGGCCGGGGGCUCCAGCCGCUGUCAUGGUGGCCCCCCCGGGCUACGUGGUGCUGCAGGAGCUCAUGGUACUGCCGGCUGUACCCCCGCCGGCGGUGGUACCCAUCUCGGGCCCCGCGGGCAGUGCGGCUCUGGCGCCAGCCAGGCAGCGGCGACGGCGGCGCGCCCGGGACCGGCCGACCAUCUGUGGCGAGUGUGGCAAGGGCUUCAGCCGCAGCACCGACCUGAUACGGCACCAGUCCACACACACGGGCGAGCGGCCGCACCGCUGCAGCGAGUGUGGCAAGGGCUUCUCGCAGCACUCGAACCUGGUGACGCACCAGCGCAUCCACACCGGCGAGAAGCCCUACGCCUGCUCCUACUGCUCCAAGCGCUUCAGCGAGAGCUCCGCGCUCGUGCAGCACCAGCGCACGCACACGGGCGAGCGGCCCUACGCCUGCGGGGACUGCGGCAAGCGCUUCAGCGUUUCGUCCAACCUGCUGCGCCACAGGCGCACGCACUCGGGCGAGCGGCCCUACGUCUGCGAGGACUGCGGCGAGCGCUUCCGCCACAAAGUCCAGAUCCGCCGCCACGAGCGCCAGCUGCACGGAGCCGGCCGCUCCCGGGGCCUGGGUCUGCUCCGCAACACGCGUUCGGCUACCGGUGGGCCUCUGCGCACUGAGCAGGCCGCAGGGGACAAGGCUCCAUGACCAGGAGGGGGCCGGCUCCUCUGAUUUGGGAGGCACUGCACCUUGCCCGCGGGUACCAUCUUGACCCUGCUCUGAUGUUUUCCGACAUCCUGGAAUCUCGCUGGGAAAAGGCCUCCAUCUGUCCUCGGGAUCGCCCUUGGGAACACUCGCGAGAGAAAAGCGGGUAUGGCCGAGACCGCGCGGAUGUCGCACAUUAGCACAAACAGCACACGCUAUGCUUUGGGGAUCCGGCACCGAUUGGUGAGGAGACCGCCCCACAGCGCCUCCCCUGGGAGGCCUGGGCUUGCCAGAAAUGAGAGGCGCCGGACAAAACUUCCAGGGACAGAUGGGACAGAUGGGACAGUUGGACCCGAUCGAACUCCAUCCAGGGAAUCAAAUACACCUGGUAAAACGCACACAAAAAGGAUUUGAUCCUGGCAAGACUUAUUUCAAGGGAAUAUGGGGGGAAAGGCAACUCGUCCACACUACGUGGAGAACCGCCCGAGGCGUUCCAUCGCCCUCAGUUGCAGUUGCUCCGAAAACACGUUCUCGAACAGAAACUCAUCAGGGUGGACAUAGUCCUGAUUUGAAUGUUUGCGUUCCUAAACACAGGGUCAGAGUGUCCGCUGGGACAUGUGCAAAUGCCAGGACGUCCUGCUCUGCUCUGGGCAGAAGGUAAAACCUUCCCCGCAGGGCCACCGGAGUCCUGGUGAGCGUGGGAAGCAGGCUGUGGGCCUCCGCGCCUGUUCCCCUGUCCAAAGUGGCCCCCUCGUGUCCUCUUGCAUAGAAGCCUGUGGCUGACGCAGAGGGCAUUCUGGGAGUGCUGUCCAAGGUCCAAAGGAAUGAUUCCUCUCUCCCCCCCCCGACCCCCACCACC